UUCCAUGUGAGUAUAUCAACAACAUGAUGGCAACACUAGUUUAAAGUAAAGGUUGGAGUUUGGCGGAAUUUUAACACCUGUUAGGUAAUACAAGUAGGAAAAAAAUGGCCACUGUGCGCAAGAAGGUUGACAACCGCAUUCGUGUCCAGAUUGAGAAUGGCGUUGCCCAGCAUCAUCGCACCAUGUUUGUGGUGGUGGGAGAUCGUGGACGAGAUCAGGUGGUCAUUCUGCAUCACAUGCUGUCCAAAGCAAGCGUCAGAGCACGACCGUCUGUAUUGUGGUGCUAUAAGAAAGAACUUGGCUUCAGCAGUAAUCGCAAGAAACGUAUGAAGCAGCUGCAGAAGAAAAUAAAAACGGGCACCUUGAAUCUGAAUCAGGAUGACCCCUUUGAGCUCUUCGUUGCUGCCACUAACAUCCGCUACUGUUACUACAAUGAGACUCACAAGAUACUGGGAAACACUUUUGGCAUGUGUGUUUUACAAGACUUUGAAGCCCUCACUCCUAACCUCUUAGCCAGAACUAUUGAGACAGUUGAAGGCGGCGGUAUUGUGGUCAUACUAUUACGGACGGUGAACUCCCUCAAGCAGCUGUACACAAUGACCAUGGAUGUUCACGCUCGCUACAGAACAGAGGCUCAUCAGGACGUGAUCGGAAGGUUCAAUGAGAGGUUCAUCCUGUCCCUUGCCUCUUGCAAGAAUUGUGUUGUCAUCGAUGACCAACUCAACAUCCUGCCAAUCUCCAGCCACAUGGCCAACAUCAAGCCAGUGCCGCCAAAGACACAGGAGGAGGGUUUGUCUCCAAAAGAACAGGAGCUUAAGGACCUCAAAGAGACUCUCCAGGACACUCAGCCAGUAGGCGUCUUGGUGGAUAACUGCAAGACCAUGGACCAGGCCAAAGCCGUGCUAAAGUUCAUUGAAGCCAUCUCGGAGAAGACCCUGAGAAGCACCGUGGCACUGACGGCUGCUCGUGGCCGAGGCAAAUCUGCCGCGUUGGGGCUGGCUGUCGCGGGAGCUGUGGCCUUUGGCUACUCCAACAUCUUUGUAACAUCCCCAAGCCCAGACAAUCUGCACACCAUGUUCGAGUUCAUCUUUAAAGGCUUCGAUGCGCUCCAGUAUCAGGAGCAUUUGGACUACGAGAUCAUCCAGUCGCUGAAUCCAGAGUUCAACAAAGCGGUCGUGAGGGUGAACAUCUAUAAAGAGCACAGGCAGACCAUUCAGUAUAUCCAUCCAGGUGAUGCUGUCAAACUGGGCCAGGCUGAACUUCUGGUUAUGGAUGAGGCUGCAGCCAUCCCAUUACCUCUAGUCAAGAACCUGCUGGGACCGUAUCUGGUUUUCAUGGCCUCCACCAUCAAUGGCUAUGAAGGCACUGGCCGUUCCCUCUCCCUCAAGCUGAUUCAGCAGUUGAGACAGCAGAGCGCACAGAGCCAACAGAACAUGUCAGCCGAGAACAGGAGCGUCAGCACAGCCAGGCUAGCAGCGGCUCGCAGCCUCCACGAAGUAAGCCUGCACGAGUCCAUUCGGUACGCAGCGGGUGAUGCGGUGGAGAAGUGGCUCAAUGAGCUGCUCUGCCUGGACUGCCUAAAUAUUCCUAGACUCAUCUCUGGUUGUCCUCUUCCGCAAAACUGUGACCUAUAUUAUGUGAACCGAGACACAUUGUUUUGCUACCACAAGGCAUCCGAAGCCUUCCUGCAGAGGCUGAUGGCCCUCUACGUGGCGUCCCACUACAAGAAUUCCCCCAACGACUUGCAGAUGUUGUCUGACGCGCCGGCCCAUCACCUCUUCUGUCUUCUCCCGCCCGUUCCCCCCACGCAGAACUCGCUGCCCGAAGUCCUCGCUGUGGUGCAGGUGUGUCUGGAGGGCGAAAUAUCCCGACAGUCUGUCCUCAACAGCCUUUCUAGAGGGAGGAAAGCCUCAGGUGACCUCAUUCCAUGGACUGUCUCAGAACAGUUCCAAGAUCCUGACUUUGGUAGCCUGUCUGGAGGCCGAGUGGUGCGGAUUGCUGUAAAUCCAGACUAUCAAGGGAUGGGCUAUGGGUCCCGAGUGCUCCAGUUGCUCCAGAUGUACUAUGAGGGCAAGUUCCCCACCAUGGAUGAGACCACAGACCCCCAGCACAAAGAAAUCACUACAGUCAGCAGUGAGGCUGUCACGUUACUGGAGGAGGUGGUGACGCCUCGCAAGGAGCUCCCACCACUGCUGCUGAAGCUGAGCGAGAGGAGAGCAGAGCGACUGGACUAUCUCGGGGUUUCUUACGGACUCACACCUCAGCUAUUGAAAUUCUGGAAGAAAGCAGGUUAUACGCCAGUCUACUUGAGGCAGACACCUAAUGACCUGACCGGAGAGCACUCAUGCGUGAUGGUGAAAGAGCUGAUCAGUGAAGAGGAGCAGAGCCAGUGGUUGUCUGCAUUUUGGAAAGAUUUCCGCAGGCGCUUCAUGUCCCUGCUCUCCUACCAGUUCGGCAGCUUCACCCCGAGCCUGGCGCUCAGCAUCCUGCAGAACAAGAGCACCAAGGAGGCCAUGAGCACUCUGUGCGCCUCGGAGCUGGCGGUCCACUUCAGCCCGUACGACCUCAGGCGUCUGGAGUUGUACUCGCGCAGCAUGGUGGACUACCACCUCAUCAUGGACCUGGUCCCAACCGUGGGGCGCUUGUUCUUCCUCAAACAGCUGGGUGACGUCUCUCUGUCAGCGGCGCAGUGUGCAAUUCUGCUGGGCCUCGGACUGCAGCACAAAACGGUGGAGCAGUUGGAAAAGGAGUUGGACCUUCCGAGCUCGCAACUCAUGGGCCUCUUCAACCGCCUCGUGCGCAAAUUUGUGCAAGUUUUUACCAGUAUCCAAGAAAAGGCCAUUGAAGCAGAGAUGGCAACAACUAAAGAUGUCACCAUGGAACCAACCGCCCGAAGCCUUCACGAAGAUUUGAACGAGGCAGCAAAGGAGUUUGAGGAGAAACACAAGCGGGAUAAAGAGAAAGUGAUGGAACUUGACUUAGAGGAGUACAAAAUCCGCGGACGUGAUGAGGAAUGGAAUGAGGUGCUGAAGAAAGCUGGGAACACGGCGAUGGUCAGCAUUAAAAGUGACAAGAAGAGGAAACUUGACGCAGGAAAUGCUGCAGCAAGUAAUGGAGGUUUGCAACUCGAAAAGCAGAAGAAGAAGAAGAAGAAGGACAUGCAGCAUGGAAAGUUCAAGAAGGACAAACACGGCAAAUUUGGAAAAAAGAUGGUUAAGUGAAUGUGAGCUCCAG